GCGCGCUUUAUGUGUCUGAUGUCUUCCAUCAGAAGAGCGGAUCAGUUCAGUUGGCAACCGGAACAACAGCGGCAGCAGCAGCGGAUGGUACAGAUUAGGUUGCCAGCCUCAAACUGAGAUUUCUAACUGCAUUAUUCUGUGUUCAUGUGAAACAAAAGGUGACAUUUUCUCGUAUGGAAUGACAACCUCACACAUAUAUAUUGAUUCCAAACCAGCUGCUCGGUUUGCUGACAUGGAGUGGCAGACACCAGCUGUGUCAGAGAAGUUCCAAAGUCGAUUUGGCCGCCGGCCUGGGACAGCGGACAGUGGGGACACGGGUCUUGGCACCUCGGCGUCUGACAGUACAGAAGAUUUCUGCAGUUCCAGCAGCAGCCCCUCAUUUCAGCCCAUCCGCAGUCAGAUCCCCAUUCCCACUGCACAUGUCAUGCCCUCCACGGCCGGAGCCCCGGCCUCUAAGCCCAAGCCGUUUGUCCAGGAGGGGUCCCUGUCCUCCGUUGAGGGCCACAGGUCUUCCUCUGGCUCCAGAACCACGAGUGGCUCCACAUCAAAGUCUUCCUCCUCUCUCUCCAAAUCUGCAUCUUCGCCCAACCUGGACGCUCAUACCGGGUUGGGGGGCGAUCACGUGGGGCCAGACUGCCUGAGCCGCUACCGCAGCCUCGUCAAUGGGCUGGACCACUCACUUUUCCCCUCAGAUCGCACACGUAUGGAUGAGGGCCAGAGGUUUGACACUCCUGCCGUGGAACCUACGCUAAAUCAGUCUGCCUUGUUGGGGGGGUUGUGCCCUGAUGUCAGACUCCGAUUACAGGGGGCCGGGAUUAGAGACACCCCAGACUGUGUGUCUGACGCCUACAGAGGCAGCAUGGAGCACAGCUAUAAGGUUCUGCCUGAAGCUCGGUCUGGGGGUCCCAGCACAGCAGAAGCCUCCAAUCAGAGGGCAAGUUUGCCCGGUGCUGCAGGACCCUCUGGAGUUUAUGCCCCCCCUCUGAGCCUGCAGACACAGGCUCUGCUGAGGGAGCACGCCGGCGCCAAGGGUUACGAGACACUGCGGCAGGACAGAUGUGGGGAACUGUCCAGCUGGCAGCAACAACAGCAACAGAAGCAGCAGCUGGAGAGUUUACGCCUGCAGGUGGAACAAAUGCAGCUAAUGAGUACUGGGGUGGGUCAGUACCCGUCUCUGUACUCCACGCCCGUUCACUCGGAGGCCGGCAAGUGGGACGCUCUGGUGAAAGCCAGUGAGUCUCUGCUGAAGGAGAAGGAGAUGAUUAUUGAGAGACAAAAGCAGCACAUGACACAGUUGGAGCAGCGUCUGAGGGAAAGCGAGCUGCAAGUCCACGGAGCCCUCCUGGGUCGAGGGUCUUCCUAUGGGGAUAUGUGCAUGCUGAGGCUGCAGGAGGCUCAGAGGGAGAAUGCCUUCCUCAGGGCGCAGUUCACUGAGCGCUCUGACUGCGUUGUGAUGGAGAAAGCGGAGGCAGAGCGCAGACUCGGGGCAGUGGAGGCGGAGACACGGCGACUAACCGACAGCCUGAAGGAGACCUGUGAGAAACACGCAGAGGAGAUGAAGAAACAGGAAGAGAGGAUCCGCAGUCGAGACAAACACAUCAACAACCUGAAGAAGAAGUGUCAGAAGGAGUCUGAGCUGAAGAGGGAGAACCAGCAGCGCAUCGAGACUCUGGAGCGCUAUCUGGCCGACCUGCCCACCUUAGAGGACUACCAGAGCCAGAACAAGCAGCUCGUCGAGGCUGAACAGCAUGCGGCUCAGCUACAAGAGACGGUUCGAGAUUUGGAGCUCUGUCUAGACACAACGCGCUCACAGCUACGAGAAAAAGACGCACAUCUGGACGAACAGAAACGCAGGGAGAGAGACCUGCUGACCACCAUUACUGAUAUGCAGCAGCGGGUGCAGCAGGGCCUGGAGGAUGGAGCCAGACUGCCUUCAGUGGAUAUGGAGAAGCUCAGAGGAGAGAACAAUGUUUUGAGAGAGGAGCAGCAGAGACUCAAAAAGGUCAUUGAGAAGCAGCACCGCAUGAUGGAACAGCUCGGCUCCCAGAUCCAGGCGUUGGAGGAGCAGAUCUGUCAGGAAGACAGCAGCUCUCAGGCUCUCCGAGAAGACGUGUUGUCCAAGGAGCAGAACGUGUUGGAGCUCCACACAGCCAUGAAGGAGCUAUCGGCCCAGAACCAGGAGCUGAUGGAGCAGAACCUGACACUGCAGGAGCAGAUGGGGGAUCCAGAGCAGAGGAGCAGCAGCCAGGCGUCCCCCCCACUGCAGCCCGCCGGGGCCCGCCUCACUCACAGGCUGCAUGCAGAGAUGAACUCGUGCCUCAGUGACCUGCGCUCCCUGUGCAGCAUCCUGACCCAGAGAGCCCAGGGACAGGACCCCAACAUCUCCCUGCUGCUGGGCCUCACAUCGCCCCCUCCAGUGACCCAUCUGGACCAGGACUGGAUGAAUCCAGAGGUACUGCAGAAAAAGCUGGUCGAAGCUCAGCAGCUCCGUCGAGACGUGGAGGAACUACGCAAUGUAAUACUGGACCGGUACGCGCAGGACAUGGGAGAGAACUGCAUCACCCAGUAACCCUAACCCACCCAGGUGACACUUCUCCCCUUCCCCUCUGAAGCGGGCUCGUUUUUCAUGACUCGUUACUGAAUGUCACAAAGAGAACUGGAUUUUCCAAUUUCAUUAAAUGAGGACAAAGGAAAGCCCAAAUGGUUUAGCUUCUUCUUCUCUCGACUGACUGUCUCAGAAUCCUCCCAUCCCUCCGGUGAGUUCAUCUAUUUCAGUCCAAGGGCUAACGGAAAAUAACUUACCUCUAAUACUUGAUCCUUAAGCAUUUUGUGUGUGUUUUUAAUGAUGACAUGAAUAUUGUCAGUUACCAAACAGUCUUAUACUUUUUGUUUCAUUAGCUAUUUGUGUAGAAGUCCCACAAAUCUAAUUUAUUUAAAACUUUAAUUUCCCUCUCCGGGGGAAUUAAAAAGAAGUGGUUGACAAUCAACUGAAAUAUUUUAACCUGUGCUUUUAACAAGAUUUACAAGAGAAUGUUUCCAACAUGCCGUUAUUUAAAAUGGCCAAUGCUGUAACAUUAGACUCUGCUGUGAGGUAUUGGACUUGAUACUGAAGGGUUUAAAACCAAAACAGCUUCUCACACCAACUAGCCUACAACCGUUUUAUUACCAAAGAAACUCUGGUCAGAGCAGUUGUGCAAGUCUGUGAAUGUUUGUGAGCGCUUCCCUCUGCUGCAGGCCUCGUUCUGAAUGAACACCAACAUGUGCCUUUCUGUCGCAAUGCUAGUUCAUUUUAGACCAACCACAAAGGGCUGUUUGCAGCUGACUCUUCCAAUAUGACCUUUCUCUCAGCGUAUCAACCAGUGGGAUAUUCAAUACAUUCCCUGACUCUGAAUGUAGCAGAUCACUUUGGGAAAACUCACAGAGCUUGUGGAGGCCCUUUUUAGAAUGUCUUUUUUUUGUUCCUGGUAGAUAAAGAUAACUCUUUAGUCUGAGUGAUUAUCUGCCCACAAAGGUUUCUGUAUAUUUCAGGUUGAUAAUGGCUGACAGAGUGGGAAACUGUUUCAUUAAUGUGUGACUGAGAAACAGUAUUAAUCUUCAGUAUUAUUUAUUUUGUAUUGUUUGCAUUGACAACUCAGUGUAAAAGCCUCCUAAUGCGUUGCUGUAAUAAUGUGCUAAUGUGUUUGAGCUUGAGGUCCCAUGAAGUGCCAUCAGAUUGUCAUUUUCUCCCGUGGUGUUUUUUUUAACGAGUUGUCUGAUGGCUAAUGAUUGUCAGCGGUCACUAAGGGAUCUUUAGCUUCUUCAGGUCCAAGAAUGUUUUAAUCCCAUGUGAGGAUGAUGGGAGGGGUUGGCUGGUUCACCCCCAAAUCCCCCAUCACAUUGUACUGGAUGGAGUUUUAUAUUUGCCCUGAGUGCAGGAGAAGCCAUUAAAAAAGAAAAGCUUGACACUUUACAGGAUAUAUAUAUAUAUAUAAAUAUAUAUAUAUAUAUAAACAUAUGCAACAAUGAGUUUUUCUGACAAGUGAUACAGAUCAACCCACCCAGGGACACACAAGCCAUUUUUCAUUUCAUGGGACCUUUUUUAGAAACUUGAGUAGCACAAGUUAUAUCUUUGGAAAGUCCGGCUCCGCAUGCCUUAACAUCUCAAACGUUUAGCAAAAAGGGAAAAAGAUGUUUAUAUUUUCAUACUUUUGUCCUUGUUUGUAUUUGCAUAUUUUAGAAAUAA